GGAAUUGUGUGUUUUAGUAUUUUGCAACCAGCUAUUGAUUCAAAGUGGCCCACUGAAACAAAGGCUCCACGGACGAGAAACUGGACUGUUGGACCAAACGCUGUCAGAGGUUUAUUUCCCUAACUAACGUGGUUUUUAAAGAGUGUGAACAAUUGCCGGGGAACACGUGUUAAGAUGGACGUGAGGUUGCUCUUGAUUUCAGUUCUGCUUGGACUCAGCAGGGCACAAAUAGAUGUUAACGAAUGCACCAAGGCCUCGGCCCAGUCCUGUGGCGAAUGCAUUCAGGCCGGAGAAAAGUGUGGCUGGUGUACAGACGAGAACUUUCUGAAACAGGGUAAGCAGAAAUCCACACGCUGUGAUGAGCUUGAUGCUCUGAUUAAGAAGGGCUGUUCUAACGCCAGCAUAGAAAAUCCUCGGGGAAGAGUUAGAGUUAACAAGAACCAACCUGUAACAAAGCGCACAAAGGAUGGUGUAAAACUGAAACCAGACCAGAUCACCCAGAUUCAGCCACAGAAACUCACACUUGACCUCCGAUCAGGCGAAGCUCAGACGUUUCAUCUGAAAUUCAAGAGAGCUGAGGAUUAUCCCAUAGAUCUCUACUACCUAAUGGAUCUCAGCUACUCUAUGAAAGAUGAUUUAGAGAAUGUCAAAAACCUGGGAACCCACCUGAUGAAAAAAAUGCAAACAAUCACAUCUGACUUCAGGAUUGGUUUCGGCUCCUUUGUAGGGAAAACUGUCAUGCCAUACCCCUGUACAUCAGACCAGAACUGCACCAGCCCAUUCAGCUAUAAAAAUGUGCUGAGUCUGACUGAGGAUGGAUCUCAGUUCAAUAACCUUGUUAGCAGGCAGCAGAUCUCAGGAAACCUGGACCCACCAGAGGGAGGUUUCGAUGCCAUCAUGCAAGUGGCUGUCUGCGCGAAUCAGAUCGGCUGGAGGAAUGUUACCCGUCUGCUUGUGUUUUCCACGGGCGCUGGAUUCCACUUUGCUGGAGACGGAAAACUAGGCGACAUCGUGCUUCCUAAUGAUGGGAAAUGCCAUCUGCAGGAUAACAUGUACACCAGGAGCCAUUAUGACUAUCCAUCCAUUGCACAUCUUGUUCAAAAAUUAAGCGAAAACAACAUUCAGACCAUUUUUGCAGUAACUGAAAAGUUCCAGCCUGUUUACCAGGAGCUGAAAAACCUCAUUCCAAAGUCAGCUGUGGGCACACUAUCCUCCGACUCCAACAACGUGAUAGACCUCAUUAUUGAUGCAUAUAAUUCUCUGUCCUCUGAGGUCAUUCUGGAGAACAGCAAGCUGCCUGAAGGUGUGUCCAUCUCCUAUGUAUCCCACUGCAAGAAUGGAGUGAGUGAAAAAGGAGAAAAUGGGAGAAAGUGCUCCAACAUCUCCAUUGGGGAUGAGGUGACGUUUGAGGUAGCGAUCACGGCUAAGGGUUGUCCAUCUAAUGGCAAGUCAGAGACCAUAAAGAUCAAACCUCUGGGCUUCACUGAGGAGGUGGAGAUCGUCCUCAACUUCAUCUGCGAAUGUGAGUGUCACAAAGACGGUAUCCCAAACAGCCCAGCGUGUCACUUCGGCAACGGUACCCUGGAGUGUGGAGCAUGCAGGUGCAAUGAGGGACGUAUCGGCAGGACUUGUGAAUGUAGCAAAGACGAGGUGAGUACAGAAGAUCUAGACGCAAACUGCCGCAUGGAUAUUGGCACAGACAUCUGCAGCAACAAUGGAGACUGUGUUUGUGGAACUUGUGAGUGCAAAAAAAGAGACAACCCAGAGGAGAGAUACAGUGGAAAGUUCUGCGAGUGCGACAACUUCAACUGCGACCGCUCCAACAACCAGCUCUGUGGAGGUCACGGUCGUUGUGAAUGCCGAAAGUGUAUCUGUGACCCUAACUACACCGGCAGUGCGUGCGACUGCUCUUUGGACACCUCCACCUGUCUGGCCAGAAACAAACAGAUCUGUAACGGUCAGGGCACCUGCGAGUGCGGCGUGUGUAAAUGUUCCAACCCAAAGUUUCAGGGUCCGACCUGUGAAAUCUGCCCAACCUGCCCUGGAGUUUGUACUGAGCACAAGGAUUGCGUCCAAUGCCGAGCAUUUGGUAUUGGUGACAAGAAAGACACAUGUGAGAAAGAGUGCGGUGGCUUAAAUCUUAAAAUAGUGAAGAAGAAGGAGGAUCUUCCUAAGCCCAAUGACCAGCCCUACAUCAGUCACUGCAAAGAACGGGAUGCUAACGACUGUUGGUUCUUCUUCACCUACGCUACCAAGGAAGACAGCACCAUUGAGGUCCAGGUGGCGGAGGAUCUUGAGUGUCCCUCUGGCCCUGCUUAAACCACUCCCCUCCAACCAGUCUGCUAUGAGCGAGAGAUGGAGAGGAGCGCUAAAGUAAAACCCUGCCCUUCAGUAUUCCAAGAUUUAGAUAGUAAUAAAACUGUUAAUUACUUUAAAUUGUCCCAUCUGCAUCAACUAAUUCAAUUUUCAGAUUUAUUCAGAUUUAUGGAUUUCUCAAUUACAACCGUCCAAAGAGCAAAGUUAAUAAAGUUUUUAUAAAGAUUUUGUUUGAAAUAACUGUCUUCAUACUGGGAAAAUAUGAAUUCAUGAAUAAACAGUUUUUUGAUGGCA